AUGGCGGUAAGAGAAGAUCUAAAGAUCACUCACAGGGACGUAUCAACUGCAUACCUCAAUGGAAAAUUGAACGAAGAUAUAUUCGUAGAACCACCAGAAGGCAUGGAAAAUAUAUACAAGAAAGCAGUCUAUGUAGAUGGCUUCAUUAUAUUAUCGAAUAAUCCUGAAAAAGAAGAGCGUUUGAAAAUACAUUUAAACAAGCACUUUGAAAUGAAAAAUUUAGGAGACGUCAAACAAUGCUUAGAUAUGACGAUCGAAAGAGACUGGCAACGAGGAGAGCUAUAUAUUAAUCAAUCAAAUUACAUUGAGGCCAUUCUUCACAAAUUUGGGAUGGAAGGAUGCUAUCUAGUAUCCACCCUUAUAGACCCAAAUAUAAAAUUGAAAACAGCGAAAGAACCCCAUGUGGAUUGGAAGCCGAAUUUGUGUUUCGUUGCAGAAGCCUCGUUGUGUCGCCUAGGUGAUUUAACAAGACAUGGGACACUUGAAAUUGCCGGCAGAAAAGCCAACGCCUCAAAAUUGACUCGAAGACUUUUUACUGAUACGAUGUUAUCUUUAUCUGGAUCCCACUCACUAUUUGGCAAAAGUUUAGUUAUAUAUGAUGAUCAUGGUCCAGUUGCGAGAGGAGAUCGAUUAGCCUGUACAAUUAUUGGUGGCGUUUACCGGCGUAAAGCGGUUGUCCGAAAUUGGUUUGGUAAUGGCGAACAAAUAUCCCUAAGAGGAAAAUUGGAGUUAUGGCAACAGACUGAAUAUGAUAUCACUAAUGUAGAAGUAUCUCUUGAAGGUCUCGAUGGAGAAAUGAGUGGAUAUCACAUACAUACGGCGUCUGUAGAAUACGGUUUAGAAUUUCCAUGCGAAAAGACCUCACUCUACGAACCCUGGAAUCCAUUAGAUGUCAAUAGCGAUAUUCCAGCUGCAGAAGAAGGUACACUGGAUCAAUAUAAGAUGGGUGAUUUAAGUGGAAAAUUUGGCACAUUAAAUAAUAAAAAGCGCUAUACAGUAACGUACAACGACACAAUGUUACCUUUGUUUGGCCCAAGGAGUAUACUAGGACGUAGUAUAGUUAUUCAUAAAAAGGAAAAAAAUUUAAGGUGGGCCUGCUCCACUAUAGAACGAGGAUAUUCUCCAGUUGAUGCUUAUGAAUUAAGUGCCAUAGCGUCAUUUCACCAUCCACAAGGUUUUGUGUAUGGCUACAUAAGAAUGACGCAGCUUGUUUACAAAGAUGAUAGCCAGAGUGAGACGAUAAUCGAAGUAAAUUUACGACAUCCCGGAAAGCAUAAUCGCAACACCAGCAGAAAUCAUAAUUGGGCUAUAUACGUGAACCCUGUGGGUGUAGAUGCCGCGGUGAAAAUAAAGGAUACGCGAUGCGUAGCAGCGGGAUACACAUGGAAUCCCUAUUUCACACAAUUAGCCGAUCCAUUGAACGACGAUCUUUACAGAGAAGAAUGUGGUCCAGACUUACCUCUUAGAUGUUAUGUUGGAGAUAUAUCAUCUCGUCUAGGCCCUAUUAAUAUUGGAGAAAAGCGACAAAUAUUUACAGAUUUCAAUUUUCCUUUGGAUGGACCGGUAUCCGCAAUGGGCAAAUCUAUCAUAAUUUUUGAUAAGGAUUUUAGUGGGAACAAAUUCGCCUGUACAAAUAUUGAGCCUGAUAAUAAUAUCGUUAAAUAUGCAAAUAUUAGGAAACCACCGCGAUUUGUUGUAGCACAAUUCUUAGAGGAUGUAAGAAAAGUGAUGGGUAUUCCUGAAUGGAUGUUAUCCAUCGACAGCAGAAAAACCAGAAUACUACAUAAUGGCGCAUGCAUUCAAUUCCUUUUGCAUUUCAAAGGUCCAAUUGCUAGUAAAUUGGAGCAAGAUUUCAGUAAACUUUUAUCCUUUGGUAAACUCGAAGCUCCCAGUUUAUAUAUUCCCGGAUACACACCAAUAAAAAGAAAAACUACUUUAGGACAUCGGCAGUGUGGCGUACGUGAUUCAGACGAUGAAAACUUCAACGCCCAUCGUAGUACGUCUAUCUCGUUGUUAGCAGAUAUGUUUGUAACAUUUUUAGCAAUAGUAAAUAGUGUAACGUAAUUCAAUACUAAAUCUAAUAAUAAUAACUAUAUGUGUGAAAUAUUUAUUAACACGUUGAGCGUCGGCGACACACACCGUGACUACUUGCGUCGAUAACCGGUAGACACACGGUGUGUGUCACUGCACCAAAGACUUUAGUAAAGUAUAUUAAAAUAAUUAAUUAAGGUUUCCAAUUACAUAAAAAAUAAUUUCCAAACAUUGGAUAGUUUCAAGCUUUGGCUCCUGCGGUACACUUAUAAAAAUUA